AUGGGGCAUGCAACUGACAAUGCAGUCGUCAACAAACAAUUCUUGCACAAUGAUACACCAGAUGUUCAAAUGAACCAAAUGAACUGGUGUAGUUAUAUCAUCCAAUGCUUGCAACACGCCAAAACCGCAUGGGCUCCCAAAAAGCAUUACACAGGGCCACUGAUCAUACUUGCGAUUGUUGUUCGUGAAGAAGAUGAUGGUGAUGAUGCUGAGAAUGAAGAUGAAGAUAAUGUCCACAAUGUCGAUGAGCAUGAUGACGAGUUUGAUGACGAUUAUGGUUUUUAUCAUGAUGAUCAUUAUAACUAUGAACUGCAAAACGCCAUGCCCUUCAAUGAUGCUAAAGAGGCUUCACUUCAAAGGAUGGUGAAUGAGGAUAUAGAAAGCCAGGAAACGAUGUUUGAAGUUUCUGCAUCAGGAAACCAUGCUCUUAUCAGAGAAGUAACACAGUAUGACAACAUUUUCGCUGAAGAAGAAAAACAAAACAAAGAACCUGAAGAGGAAAUGGCUGAUAAAUUGGAUGGAGCAUACAAAGAAUUAGAAGACUGUUACAAUAAAAUGAGCACAUUGUUAAAACAGUCAAAGACUGAAUACCCAAACAGCCUCCUAGUACACAUUAAAUACUCACAAUGUAUGACAUUGUUGGAGAACAUCUCAAAAUUUGUUGACGAAAACGCCAAAGAAAUGCCAGCUGAAACAGAAGAAGAUACACAAGAAACUGAUGAUGAAAAUGAGGUGGUACUAGGAGAUGAAAAUGAACAAGAAGGGGAAAAGGAGAAGGCUGAAAAAGAAAAUGCCAUUAAAGAGCAAACAGUUCAUGAAAACGCCAAAGAAUUUGAAAAUGAAGAACAAGGAGAGGAAGGAUGCGAAAAUGAAAAAGAAAGGGAGAAGGAGAUGGCUGGACUUGAAAACGCCAUUGAAGGGGAAACAAUUGAUGAAAACGCCAUGCAAGAGAAGAAGAAGAGGAAGGGGAGUGGGAAGAGAAUGGUGAAGGGGAUGGAGAAAAGAAGGAAAAGGAGAAAGAGAAGGAGAAGGAGAAAGGUAAGGAAAAGGAGAUACAAGGGAUGGGGCAAUAGAGAAAACGCCGAACCAUCGACUGCUACAACAAUGCCAAUAUAUGAUGAUGAAGAGGAUACUACAUUAUCAGAUGAAGAUGUAAACGAAAAGGAUAUUGAGAGGUGGGGUUGUGAUUUCAAGACACUUGAAUAUCACAUUUCAAGAUACAAUGGGGUAAAAAUAAUUAAGAGGAAUAUUGCUAAGAUUUUGGAGCUGCCAGGACAAGAUCUAAAACAAAUGAUUGAUAUUAAAGAAGGUCUUGACAAUUCAAAGAUGGUGGAUGAAGCAAUUAAAGCAAUAAAAAAACAUCUGCAACUUGCUGAAGAGACCCCCAAAAUGCCUGUAUUUGAUAAGACACCAAACAUUGCCACGACAGAAACAAAAGACAGUCAGGCAUUCAACACUGAAAAAGAAAAAACUGAAGGGGAGAUGGUGAACAAAAGUGUUGACCAAGAAGGGGCAGUGUUUAAUAAAACGCCAUAUGAACAGCCACCAACUACAUCUGGGAAAAACCUCUUGAAAAGUUUUGAAGAGGAAGAGACACCAAAUAAACCCCAUGAUGAAAACGCCAUCAACACAUCACCACCAAAAACGCCAAACAUGUCAGAUGUGCAGGAGAAAGGUGAUGAGGACAACACUCCAGACAUCACAAAGCUGAUGCAAGAAAAUAAAAUUUUAAACCCUGAAGAGCUGCCUGGUGAUGAAAAAGCUGAUAAAGAUGAUGAAGAAGAUAAAAACAUAAAAAAUAAGAAUGUGGCUGAAGAGGAGAAGAGAGAUAAAAAAAAUUGA